UCCGGUAUAAACACAUUUGGCGCGGUUCUGGCCUGGGCAUGACUUCAUACAACAACUGAUCAAGGCACAGAUCUGUACCUCGCACAGUCUUAGAUCUGAAUUAUCUACAUUACUAAGGUUUUUAGCAGUUGAAGACUGUUACCAUGGCAGCAGCCCCCCAGUGGUCAUACGAGCGAGCGUGGGGGGAGGAGGAAGAGGAGGGGGAGCAGGAGGAUGCACAGCCUCGGUGGUCCAGUCUGAGAGACAGUCUGAUCUUCCUGAUCGACUGUUCAGCUUCCAUGUUCCAAGAAGAAGAAGGAGAGGAGGGCUCUGCCUUCCACAAAUGUGUCAAGUGUGUUCACAGUGCCAUGAGGAACAAGAUCAUCUCCAAUGACAGGGACCUGGUCGGAGUCGUCUUUUUUGCUACAAACAAACACAAAAACCAGAGUGACUUCAAGCAUGUCUACAUAUUCCAGGACCUGGAAGUUCCUGGUGCUCAGAUGAUUCUCGAGCUGGAAGAGAUUUUUGAAGAGGAUGGAGUUGAGAGGUUUGAGGAGGAGUUUGGACAUGGCACAGAUUUCUCCAUGAGUGAGGUUCUGUGGAACUGUUCCAACAUGUUCUCUACAUGCACACAGAAACUUGGUCACAAGAGGCUCCUUCUCUUCACAAACAACGAUGAUCCACAUGCUGGGAACAUCAAUCUUCAGCGUCAGGCCAAGACCAAAGCCAAGGACUUGGAGGGACUAGGAAUCAACACUGAGCUUCUCCACAUGAACAAACCUGGGGGAGAACCCUUCGAUAUCACCAAGUUUUACCAGGACAUUAUAGUCAUCCCAGAGGAUGAGGACGUCACCUGUCUCCCUGAUCCUGCUGCCAAAUUUGAGGAACUCCUGGAAAGGGUCCGUUACAAGGAGCACAAGAAGAGGACAUUAGCACGAGUCCCUCUCAGUCUGGGGGAAGGUCUGGAGUUUGGAGUGGGAAUCUACACGCAGGUCCGAGAAACCUACAAGGGAAAGAAAGUAAAGCUGGACGCCAGGACCAAUCAGGAGGUCCGAACCAUCACCAAGACUGUGGACUCUGAGACAGGAAAGUUCCUGAUGCCCAGCGAUGUGAAGAAAGUGCAGUCAUGGGGAGGGCGGGACAUCGCAUUCGAGAAUGACGAGAUCGUGGAAAUGAAAGUGUUUGACAAGCCAGGUCUUGUGCUGAUGGGAUUCAAACCCCGCACCAGUCUGAAGCCAUACUUCCACAUCAGACCUGCACAGUUCCUGUUCCCAGAUGAGUCGGUCAUCUCCGGGAGUACGCGGCUGUUCUCGGCGCUGCUCCAACGCUGUCUGGCCCGGGACGUCGUUCCCAUCUGCAGGUACAUCCCACGGAAAAACUCUCCUCCCAAGUUUGUGGCCUUGCUACCACAGAAGGAAGAAUUUGAUGACAACAACAUGCAGUCUACCCCUGCUGGCUUCCAUGUCAUCUUUCUGCCUUUUGCUGAUGACUUGCGGAAACUGAACUUCGAGGACACACCUCGAGCAAAACAGGACCAAGUGGACAAGGCCAAAGAGAUCAUCAACAAACUGAAGUUCAAGUACGAUCCCAUGAGCUUUGAAAACCCAGUGAUUCAGCAACACUACAGGAACCUGGAGGCCCUGGCCCUGGACAGGGACGCACCAGAGGAGGUCUAUGACUUUACACAACCAGACAAGGAGAGGAUUGACCGUCGUGCAGGUCAGCUGGUCGGAGAGUUUAAGGACAUGGUGUUUCCUGAUGGCUACACACCGGGGGCAAAACCCAAGAGAAAGACUGCAGCAGCUACAGCAGCUGAACAGGUCACAGAGGCAGAUAUCAAGAGAAUGGCACAGGCAGGCACGCUGGGGAAGUUGACGGUGCCUGUGCUGAAGGAGUUCUGUAAGCAGACUGGGGUCAAGUUUACAGGCAAUAAGAAACAAGACGUCAUUGAUGCCAUCUCAGAACACUUUCAAAUAGAGUAGUGUUUUGGGGCCCUGUCAUGUGCGUCAUGAUCAUACGAUUUUUGUACAAUACAAAACUGAAUGUACGGUUCGAAGCCAAAGGUAGGUUGGCCAUCAGUAUUUCUGACCUGUUACAUGAUUGUGUACUUAUCCAGGUACUAUUAUGAUCAUGUAGUCUUGUAGGGUAUAAUGACUGUAGUAUACAGUUCCUGAACUUACUAUCAUGAAAGUUCAUCUGUGUUGGUAGUUACAUGUUUGAAGUU